AUGGGCAGCCUACCCGAACCCAACGCCAUACCGCUCCGGGAGCCCAUUGCGGUAGUGGGAAGUUCCUGUCGCUUUCCUGGAGGUGCUAAUUCCCCAUCGAAGCUUUGGGAGCUCCUCAAAGACCCCAAAGAUCUUGUGCGAGAAAUCCCGCCCAGUCGGUUCGAUACCAAGGCGUUCUACAACCAAAAUAGCCAGCACCAUGGAAGCACGAAUACAAAGUAUGCCUACCUUCUACAAGAAGAACCGCGACUUUUCGACCGUGAUUUCUUUAAUAUCAGCCCGAAGGAGGUCGAAGCGAUGGAUCCCCAGCAGCGGUGUCUGCUUGAGACCGUUUAUGAAGGCGUAGAAUCGGCGGGCUACUCAAUCCCUCAGCUUCAAGGAUCAUCUACUGGCGUCUUCGUCGGAGCGACGUGCUUCGACUACCAGUUUCUUUCGAUGCGUGGCUUCGACAGUCUACCGCAAUACUACGCAACUGGCGGUUCCAUGGCAAUCCUAGCUAACCGUCUAUCAUACUUUUUUGACUGGAGAGGCCCGUCGGUUGCGUGCGAUACGGCUUGUUCGUCCUCACUCGUGGCCCUGCACCAAGCAGUCCUUUCCCUUCGAAGCGGAGAAAUAGGUAUGGCCGUUGCAACAGGGGCAAAUCUCAUCCUCGGCCCUGAGCUUUUCAUCGCUUAUUCAAAUUUGAACAUGUUGUCUCCUAAUGGGCGAUCUUACAUGUGGGAUUCCUCUGCUGAUGGAUAUACACGAGGAGAGGGUUUUGCCUCUGUUAUUCUCAAGACUCUCAGCCAAGCCAUCGCCGACGGUGAUCACAUCGAGUGCAUUAUCCGCGAGACCGGUGUGAACUCGGAUGGUCGGACGCCAGGUAUUACAAUGCCGAGUGCAGAGUCGCAGUCUCAACUCAUUCGAGACACGUACAUGAGGUGCGGGCUGGACCCAGUACGCGAUCGCCCUCAUUACUUUGAGGCCCACGGCACUGGUACGCCGGCAGGUGAUCCUAUUGAGGCGCGGGCCAUACAUGACACGUUCUUCCCCGCAGAACGAGGCCCAGACGAUGGUCACCUCUAUGUUGGUUCGAUCAAAACCGUUAUCGGUCAUACCGAGGGCACUGCAGGUCUCGCUGGAGUGCUCAAAGCGUCAUUGGCGGUUCAAAAUGGCCAGAUUCCAGGAAAUCUCCAUUUCCAAGAGUUGAAUCCAAAGAUUCGGCCAUUUUCCAAGAACCUCUGCGUUCCCACAGCUUUGACACCCUGGCCCACCCUUUCCUACGGUGAGCCGCGCCGUGUGAGUGUGAACAGUUUCGGCUUUGGCGGAACUAAUGCCCACGCUAUCAUUGAGAGUUGGGAUGGAGCCUACGAUCGCUAUACGUCCAAGCCAGAUGCAGGUGGACUCGUUGUCCUGUCUGCCAACUCGGCUCAGGCACUGGCAGCCAAGGCUACAGCGCUGGCUGGCUACCUACGAGAGCAUCCCAAUACGGAUCUUGUUCGACUUGCCCGCACUCUGUUUCAGAGGGCCGAAUUCCUCUUCCGGGCUUCCUUUUCCGCUACAUCUGCUGCACAACUUGCUGAAAAGCUUGAAUCACGCGCAGAAGCGCUCAAGAAGACCGCACGAAUCCCAGCAAUUCCAAAGACCCUACCCCCUCGCAUCCUCGGUGUCUUUACCGGGCAAGGUGCUCAGUGGGCCACCAUGGGCAGGGAGCUCUACGAAGCAUCAUCUGUGUUUCGCAAGGCUAUCGACCGGAUGCAGCAGAGUCUCAAUGCGCUUCCUGACAGCGAUCGACCUGAAUGGACUCUGAUUGACGAACUUUCCGCGCCCAAGGAGACGUCCCGCGUUGGCAUAGCCGUCAUCUCGCAGCCUAUCUGCACUGCCCUCCAAAUUGCUCUGGUGGACGUACUUCACGCGGCCGGUGUUGACUUUGCGGCCGUUGUUGGGCAUUCGUCUGGAGAAAUUGCCGCUGCCUAUGCUGCCGGGUACCUUGAUUCUCGAGAUGCUAUUCGCGUUGCUUAUUACAGAGGAUUCCAUUCUGUCCUGGCUCAGGGAUCGGACGGCAAACGCGGCAAGAUGAUGGCCGUGGGCAUGGGUUUAGAAUCGGCAUUGGCAUUCUGUGACCAAUUUGGUGCGAACCUCAGGGUCGCCGCUAGCAACUCCCCGACAAGCUGCACGCUGGCGGGAGAUGCCGUUCUUAUUGAUGAGGCUAAGGAGCAGUUAGAUCAAGACAAAAUCUUUGCCCGUGUCCUGGCAGUGGACACAGCAUAUCAUUCCCACCACAUGCUGCCAUGUGCCGAGCCUUACCUUAAUUCGCUGCGCCAAUGUGGAGUCAAGGCUCUAAAGGGGGCCCAGAAAGUGCGAGUGGUACUCUAG